UGAGCCUAUAAACUUGCAUUCGGAUCUGCUCCUCGCGAGUGCUGUGUUAUCGGCGAAUUGCGUACAUUCGCAGGCCCCAGUCUACCUGCUCUUGCCCAUCUACCAUUUGGAAAGAGACAGCGAUAGUCUAUAUAUUACAUCGAAUCGAAUAAGAUCGAUCACACGACCGACGAACGAAGAGAAUCAAGCGAAUAUCAAGUCCCGAAUAACAGCAUUCGAAAAGGCAGAGAGAUAUAUAGAGAGAAUAGGACAACAGCAAUGGCGUCGGAACCAUCCCGUUCCCCUCCAGGAACAACACAAAGCGCCACCGAACCGCAGCAACAGACACAGACACAGACACAGCAAUCACAAGCGCAGCAGACACAACAGGAACAAGAUUCCCCCUUACCCGCCCGCCACGUGAUGCUCACGCCGGGCCCGCGCGCCUCGCGCUUCCAGACGACGCUCGACUCGGCGCUCUCGCACACGCUGGCCAAGAUCAGCUGGGACAACUUCGCGGCAUGCUAUCCGCACAUCGCGGCCCGCGCGCCCGCGACGCUGCGCGCUGUGCAGUCGCAGAUGGUGGAGAGGCUUAGGGCGUUGUGUAAGAAAGAAUUCGACUCGAUACAGCAGUCGCGCAAUGUCGUCGCUAAACUCAACGAGCUCGAGGGUCUGGUUAGCGAAGCUGAGAGGAGGCGGAGAGAGGCUGGCGAUGAUGGCGGGGUGGAUCCUCCGGUGCCACCGCAUAUGCUACCACCAGAUGAAAUCCUAGACGCACACCUGGCACCUCACUUAGCGCAACAGCAGUCACAGCUUAAUGCAAAGUUACAGACGACACAGGCUCACAAUGCGAAAUUGUUCGAAGACAUCCAACGUCAGCGCUCUGAGAUUGAGUCGCUGGUCUCUCUUCUAGAAAAAGUCCUCGAGGAUGUCGGUAACACGAACCACAUGAUGGACGAUGUCGUCGAUGAUGUGGCUCGUGAAACGCGGACUAUAGAAGUCGAGAUGGCUGAGUCGUAGGUCAUAAGGAUGACACUAUUAUUCUGGACAAACGAUGAAUACGG